AUGUGGCACUUGGAUGUUCGUGAUGUGGUUCAUGGACCAGCAGCAUCAGCAUCCAUCAGGGAUGUGAACGAGUGUGCAGACACCACAGCAUGCCCGGCUUACGCCAUCUGCACCAACGUCGUGGGCAGUUACUUCUGCACAUGCAAACAAGGUUUCAUGUCCAGUAAUGGGGAAAAAAGCUUCAGCGGCCCAGGAGUGGUAUGUGAAGAUGUCAACGAAUGUAUUCAAAACUCCACACGCUGUGGUCCUAACUCAGCCUGCGACAACCUGCUGGGGAGGUACAAGUGCAGCUGUCUUACAGGUUUCUCUUCUCCCACUGGAAAUGACUGGAUCUGGAGAAAGCAAGGCCAUUUCGCCUGUACAGAUAUUGAUGAGUGCCUCACCAUUGGGAUCUGCCCUGAGCACUCCCACUGUACCAAUUCCAUGGGAAGCUAUAGCUGCAGUUGCAAGGUUGGCUUCAUCUCCAGCAACUCCACUUGUGAAGAUGUGGACGAAUGUGAACAUCUCAAAGCUUGCCCAGAGCACGCGACUUGCUACAACACUCUUGGAAGUUAUUAUUGUACAUGCAACCCGGGAUUUGAAUCCAGCAGCAGAAGCCUGAGUUUCCAGGGCCUGGGAGAAUCAUGUGACGAUGUGGACGAAUGCUCCCAGAACUCAACUCUUUGUGGUCUCAACUCCAUUUGUGUCAACAUCCCUGGAGAAUACAGUUGCUCCUGCCUGCCUGGAUUUUUUUUGGCCAGUUUUCAGACCCCUGGGAUUUCAAUGUCUUUGGAAUGUAUAGAUAUCGAUGAGUGUGUUGACAGGUGCCCCCUGAAUUCAACAUGCACCAACACUCCUGGGAGCUAUUUUUGCAACUGCCACCCUGGCUUUGCAUCAAGUGAUGGACAACUGAAUUUCACAGACCUAGAAGUGGAAUGUGGAGAUAUUAAUGAAUGCCUCCAAGAUCCAUCACCUUGUGGCCCAAAUUCUGUCUGUACCAAUGUCCCCGGUUCCUACAGCUGUAGAUGCAUUGUGGGCUUCCGUCCCAAUCCAGAUGGGUCCCAGACUCAUGGCAACUUCAGCUGCAAAAGAGUUCCCUUCAAAUGUAAGGAAGACAUAAUACCCCACAACAAGCAGGUCCAGCAGUGCCAAGCAGGGGCCUCCACAGAGCUGGAAUAUGUCUCCUUUUGUAAACUUGUGAAUGCCACCUUCAGCAUUCUGGGUGAUGCCUGUGAAAACAAGACUAUCACAGUGUCCCUGAAGAGUAAAGUUGAGACCUUUGCCUCUGUGCUCAAACAAACACCCACAUGGACCAAUUUCACGAAGGAAGAGACUUCCACCCUGGCCACAGUCUUACUGGAGAGUGUGGAAAGUGCCAUUUUAGACUCUUUUCUGAAGCCCUCAGUGAAUGUCAGUCAGACUAUUCACACGGAAUACCUAGAUAUUGAAAGCAAAGUUAUCAAUGAAGAAUGCAAUGAAACCAAUGUGUCCUUUCACUUGAAAGCCAAAGGGGAUGAGAUAAAGAUUGGGUGUUCCAUCAUUGAAGAAUCUGAAUCUGCAGGGAUCACUGGAGUGGCUUUUGUCUCCUUUGCAAACAUGGAGUCCAUUUUGGAUGAACGUUUCUUCCAAGACCCUCAGACCUCCUGGGCCAACUCCAAGAGGAAGCUGAAGAUGAAUUCCCGCAUUGUUGGGGGCAUCAUGACAGGGGAGAAGAAGGAUGGCUUCUCAAACCCCAUUAUCUACACUCUGGAGAACAUAAAGCCCAAGCAGGAGUUGGAGAGACCCAUAUGUGUUUCUUGGAGUACAGAUGUGGAGGAUGGGAGGUGGAUGACAUCUGGCUGUGAGAUCCUGGAGGCUUCUGAGACGCACACAGUCUGUAGCUGUCACCGGAUGGCAAACCUAGCCAUUAUCAUGGCUUCUGGGGAGCUCACGAUGGAGUUCUCCUUGUAUGUCAUUAGCCAUGUGGGUAUGGUCACCUCCUUGGUGUGCCUCAGCUUGGCCAUUGCUACCUUCCUGUUCUGUCGUGCCAUUCGUAACCACAACACCUACCUCCAUCUGCACCUCUGCGUGAGUCUCUUCUUGGCCAAGCUUCUCUUCCUCAUCGCUAUAGAAAAGACCGACAACCAGAUGGGCUGUGCCCUCAUUGCAGGAUUUCUUCACUACCUCUUCCUCGCCUGCUUCUUCUGGAUGCUGGUGGAGGCUGUGAUGCUUUUCCUGAUGGUGAGGAACCUGAAGGCGGUGAAUUACCUCAGCUCUCGCAACAUCAAGAUAUGGCACCUCUGUGCAUUUGGCUAUGGGCUCCCAGGACUGGUGGUCACUGUCUCUGCCAGUGUGCAACCACAGGGCUAUGGGAUGCAUAAUCGCUGCUGGCUGAACACAGAGACUGGGUUCAUCUGGAGUUUCCUUGGGCCAGUUUGCAUGAUCAUAACGAUCAACACCAUCCUCCUAACUUGGACACUGUGGGUCCUGAGGCAGAAGCUUUCCAGCAUCAAUGCUGAAGUCUCCAUACUCAAAGACACCAGAUUACUGACCUUCAAGGCCUUUGCUCAAAUCUUUAUUUUGGGAAGUUCCUGGGUGCUUGGCAUUUUUCAGAUUGGACCCACUGCAAGUAUAAUGGCGUACCUAUUCACCAUCAUCAACAGCCUGCAGGGGACCUUCAUCUUCCUCAUUCACUGUGUGCUCAACCGCCAGGUACGAGAAGAAUACAAGAGCUGGAUGACUAGGAAGAGGAAGUCCAGCUCCCAGUCCCAGACCUCACAGAUCUUACUGUCAUCCAUGCCCUUCACUUCCAAGACGGGUUAAAGGCUUUUCUAUGGAGCAACAUAUGAGAAUCAUAAGCAUCUGCAGGAUCCUUCUUUGAAAUCUGCUCAUGGCUUAUUGUGGAAAUUUAGGAUCCUCAAACUGUGGGCAAUACAGAGUGUGGAUGAGCAGGGCCAUUUCCCCAGUGUUUAAUGUACUGAAGAGAAACAAGAGUUUCUACUCCAAUUUACAGUUUGAUCUUCUGUAGUUUGCAACUCUCUGAAUUUCCAGGGUUUGGAGAAAUAACAGAUUCAAGUUCAACUGCACACUGAGAACAUAUGGCUACUAUUUUCUUUCUCUUGUUCUCAUUGGUAUGUUGCUCUUAUCCUGACCCUCUUGCACCUAUUAGGUGUUGGACACAGAAUAGCUCUCAAUAAAUGAUUGCCAUGUGUUUGAAGUAACUUUCACUAAGACAAAGACUUCCUGUUUUUUAAGAAAUGAUCAUGUUGAUUGAGAUAAGCCAAGCUCAGAGAAACAAAUAUUGCAUGUAUUCUCUUGUAUGUGUAAUCU